AUGGAACCAGAAAUUAGCCUGUUAGCUUGUGCCACAGCAGGGGUUUUCGUGCACUGUUAUUGGCGUUUGACUUGGUUGGCCCUGGCAUUAACGGUUGGAGGCAGUGAGACCGCUUCUGUGUUUCAGUACAAUGGUGUGUGCCUGCAAGGCCCCAGUGGCAUCCCCGGGCGAGAUGGAAACCCGGGAGCCAACGGGAUCCCCGGGACACCUGGGAUCCCGGGACGGGACGGGCUGAAGGGGGAGAAGGGCGAGUGCAUGCGUGAGAGCGUCGAGGAGCCCUGGACGCCCAACUUCAAGCAGUGUUCCUGGAGCGCCCUUAAUUACGGCAUCGACCUGGGGAAGAUAGCGGAAUGCACGUUUACGAAGAUGCGCUCCAACAGCGCGCUCCGCGUCCUCUUCAGCGGGUCGCUGCGGCUCAAGUGCAGGAGCGCCUGCUGCCAGCGCUGGUACUUCACCUUCAACGGAGCCGAGUGUGCCGGGCCGCUUCCCAUCGAGGCCAUCAUCUACUUAGAUCAAGGAAGCCCAGAGCUGAAUUCUACUAUAAAUAUACACCGGACUUCUUCAGUGGAAGGUCUGUGCGAAGGGAUCAGUGCUGGCUUGGUGGAUAUUGCCAUCUGGGUUGGGACUUGCUCAGAUUAUCCACGGGGAGAUGCAUCUACUGGAUGGAAUUCAGUCUCCCGAAUCAUCAUUGAAGAACUUCCAAAAUAAUUUUCCCUCCCUUUUUAUAAUCUCUUUUUUAAAAAAAUUUUGUACAAUUUUCUUCAGAAUUUAUUUCUAGAGCUGGAUGCAAGUAUUUGACUGAAAGGCAUCAAACUUGCAUCUGGAGUCUUUGUCUAGCCUUUUUGCACACUGCAGGGUCUUUUUAUAGCGACCAUUUUAGAACAUAAAUAUAAAAACUAAGUUCAUUAACUUUUUUUAAUUCCUUGUUUGACAUAUGAAAAUAUAUCACCACCAUUUUAAGAACCGACUGUAACUUUUUGUAUCAAAUAAAUAAGACCUUUUACAAAAAAAAAA